AGGCCUGCACACACCUGUGCAAUCAGUCUCCUGGCCUAUUCCAACACCUGGUCCCAGGAUUGGAGAUUUCAUCCCUCCCAAAUCACUUCGAAAUCUCCAGGCUCCAGAUCCCAAAAUGGACCUUACAAACAAAGGAGGAAAGUGAAAAGCCACUUUCCUCCAUAUCAAACCUUUACCCUGGAGCCCUCAACCUGCCUUGUUGAGAAUCCAGGGUGACAGAUCGCCACACUGUCACAAUAUAUACACAUACACACACACAAACUAUACUGCCAAAAGUAUAGGGACAUCCUACCAAAUCAUUGGAUUCA